GUCGUCAGGGCCAAUAUUUGUUUAUUUAUAUCAGCACCUGAAAGUGACACGUUUCAGUUUAAUUCGCAGUAAACUUGUUUAAUAUUCUAUGUCGUGCGAAGACUGCAGUAUGUCAUCUAUUCAAGAACUAAAAUUGCAAAUUCAACAUCUUCAGGACGAGUUAAAUCAAGUCAAAGCUUAUAAAACACAACAUGCACGAAACAAAAUUGAAAAAAUGUCUUCUGAAGUGGUCGACUCUAAUCCCUAUAGUCGAUUAAUGGCCUUGCAACGAAUGGGAAUUGUUGAUGAUUAUGAGCGGAUUCGACAGAAAAGUGUAGCAGUAAUUGGUAUUGGUGGAGUCGGCAGUGUUACUGCAGAUAUGCUGACACGGUGUGGAAUUGGAAAAUUAAUAUUGUUUGAUUACGAUAAAGUGGAGUUAGCAAACAUGAACCGAUUAUUUUUCACGCCAGAUCAAGCCGGUCUUUCGAAAGUCGACGCAGCAGCAAAAACUCUCAAUUUUAUCAAUCCAGACGUCAAAAUAUUUACACACAAUUAUAAUAUAACAACUGUGGAUUCGUUCGAAAACUUUUUAAAUGCGUUUCGAACUGGGGGUGUUGAAAACGAAACAGCUGUUGAUUUAGUAUUGAGCUGUGUCGAUAAUUUUGAAGCACGAAUGGCUAUAAAUACUGCAUGCAAUGAACUCUCAAUAAAUUGGUUUGAAUCUGGUGUCUCAGAAAACGCUGUUUCCGGCCAUAUCCAGUUUAUUCGUCCGGGAGAAACAGCAUGUUUCGCGUGCGCACCCCCGUUGGUAGUUGCGGAGAAUAUUGACGAAAAAACUUUAAAACGAGAAGGAGUUUGUGCUGCUAGUUUACCAACUACGAUGGGAAUCGUGGCAGGAAUGUUAGUGCAAAAUACCCUCAAGUAUCUGCUUAAUUUUGGAACUGUAUCAGACUACCUAGGAUACAAUGCAUUAAUAGAUUUUUUCCCUAAGAUAAGUCUUAAGCCGAAUCCAACAUGUGAUGAUCAUUUUUGUAUAGAACGACAAAAAGAUUUUGCAGCGAGGCCUAUUGUUGUACCUGUUGAACCUCUUGAGCACGAUGAAGCACCCGUGCAUGCUGAAAAUGUUUACGGGAUUGAACUUGUAGACGAUUCGCAAAAUGUACAUUCAACGGAUACAUCCAGCAGUACAUCGUCUGGUUUAAAACUGGCCUAUGAUGCUCCAGGUGAGCAGAGUUCCACAGUAGAUAGCGUACCAAUACAAAACGAUGGUAUUAGUUUAGAAGAUUUAAUGGCACAAAUGCAUUCCAUGUGAAUGGACUUAUAAAGGAAUACUAGCUAUAUAACUUCAGAAUAUAAACAGUAAUAUAUUGUGAACCUUAUGACCUUACUACUUUUCCGAACUGUGUUCCAAAGCUUUUUUUUUUUGCAAAAGACGUUUAUUAGUCAAUAAAUCAUGAGAGACCGAAAAAUUUUAAAACGCACAUCGAGCAUAGUA